UGAACAGUGAGCUUAAGAACUAGUUAAUUGAGUUUAACAAGUAUAUUUACCAUGGGCUCAGAGGAUGUACUCAAGCGUGCUUCGACACUAGCCUCUUACACUGUUCUGCUUCAGGUCAUAUUUCGGGUGUUGACGUUUCUUUUAAACGCAUUCACUUUGCGCUAUGUAUCUAAGGAGCUGAUAGGUGUAGUAAAUGUGAGGUUGAUGCUGCUCUAUUCUACGUUGGUGUUUCUGUCCAGUGAGGCGUUUCGGAGGGCGUGUUUAAGCGGUGAAGGGGCGGGGCGUAACUGGAGACAGGUGAUCAACCUGUUAUGGCUAACAUUCCCUCUGGGUUGUUUGUGGGGUGUGUUGUUGGUCUGUGUGUGGUGGUGGAUGCUGCAGGCACCUGAUCCGGUCACCGUCCCGCAUUAUUUUCCUGCUGUUGGAUUGUUCUGCCUAGCUGCACUUACAGAGCUGCUCGCUGAACCUCUCUGGGUUCUUGCUCAUGUGCACAUGUUUGUUCGUUUAAAGGUGAUUGCAGAAAGCUUAGCCAUGAUCGCGAAGUGUCUUAUUACCGUUGUGAUGGUGGUCUCAGCACCUCAGUGGGGGCUUUAUAUCUUCUCUGCAGCCCAGUGUGUUUAUGCAGGGUUUUUGCUCCUUUGUUACGUGCUGUACUUUGUCCAUUUCCUUGGCUCGGAGGAAGCGGAGAGUAAAUUGUUCCCUUUUUGCCACAUCAAAGACCUGCUGCCAUCGAGGGUGGACCAUGAGCCACUGCUUAACUGGAAGUUGACUACACUAACAUGGAGCUUUUUCAAACAAUCCUUCCUCAAACAGAUUCUUACAGAAGGAGAGCGUUAUGUGAUGACGUUUUUGAAUGUUCUUAACUUUGGAGACCAGGGGGUUUAUGAUAUAAUAAAUAAUCUUGGUUCGAUGGUGGCACGAUUUCUUUUCCUGCCUAUCGAAGAGAGUUUUUACGUUUUCUUCGCUAAGGUCCUGGAGCGUGGUCGAAGCGUAAGCUAUCAAAAACAAGAGGACGUUUCUAUGGCAGCUGAGGUACUGGAAUGUCUUUUGAAGCUGGUGCUUUUGAUUGGCCUGAUCAUCGCAGUGUUUGGUUAUGCAUAUUCCCAUCUAGCACUGGACAUCUAUGGUGGAGAGCUUCUAAGCAGUGGAUCGGGGCCAACUCUCCUACAAUUUUAUAGCUGCUAUGUUUUGCUGUUAGCCAUUAACGGAGUAACCGAGUGUUUUGCUUUUGCUGCCAUGAGCAAGGAAGAAGUUGACAGAUACAAUUUAGUGAUGCUGGGCCUGUCUGCAUCCUUCCUGCUGCUUUCUUAUUGGCUAACCUGGAUGUUGGGCGGCGUUGGCUUCAUUUUAGCAAAUUGCUGUAACAUGGCUUUACGAAUAACUCACAGCGUUAUUUAUAUACAUCGGUAUUUCCUGCAAAGUGACUACACACCCCUGUGGGGGCUCCGCCCACAUUCGGCUGUCAUAGUUGUACUUGGGAUGAGCUACGCCCUCACAGCCUUUUCAGAGAGAAUAUUCUGCUGUGAUGGUGGCUGGUUGCCCAGGCUGGUUCAUGUUGCAGUGGGGGCAGUUUGUCUCCUGGGUGUGGUCAUCACAGUGUUUCUAACAGAAACGAGACUUGUGCAGUUCAUCAGAACUCAAUUGUUACCCAAAUACAGCAAGAAACGCACAUAAGCUGUAUUGAUUUUGAAAACGAUUGACACUAACAUGUCAUGGACCAAAUAUUGCCUUACUGAACAUGGGCAAGUGCUAUUUAAUAUUGUAUGAAGAAAAUGUAAACAAUCAGUAUGUUUUCAUAUGUAGUUUGGAAUCUUUACUUCAAGAUCAAAUUAGGUCUUGCGUUUGCCUCCUUGGGAUAUACACAUUUUAAAAGGCAGUGCUUACGGUUUAAAAGUUAUGUCGAAUGUAUGUAAUGUUUAUAUGUAAAACAGAUGUCAACGGUGCUGGUUACCAUUUGAAUUUAAGACAAUAUUGUAAAAUAUUAUCUAGUAUUGUCAUGCCUAGAUU